UGUAAUCGAAGUUUUAUUAUGCAUGAGGUCUUUCUGAUUUUCUGAUUAUUAACAAGCGCUCUGAUUGGUCUCAUUUUAAUUUAAUUAUAAUGAGACCAAUCAGAGUGCCAGUUUGCUGCAGUUUUUGGAAAUAGCUUUUACAGAGCAGUUGCCCUUUCACUCAUCUUUCUCUCGCGUGCUCCCUGUGUGCCCGUCCCCGUGACGCCCUGGGUUCCCGAGGAUGCAUACAAUCUGGCUGCUACAAAUAGGCAGUGAGAAAUCGCUCUUAGCCACCCCUCCCCCUAUACGAAUAAAUAGACUAGUGCCCAGAUUUUCUCGUAAUUACGGAUUUCAAAAUGGCGGACGGACGGAAAAGAUUUGCAGUUCCGAAUCCUGAUGAAAUCGAAGCAAAAAAUACAGCCAAUAAAAUAUCUAAAACAGCGUUUGCCAUCUACAAGACAUCAACUGCAAAUGAGGAACAAGUAGAAAAGGAUCAAUCGUCGGUAACGAAAUCAGCCCUAGAUAAACAGGAGGUAGACUUCGAUGCAAGAAAGCGACUUCUUCGAGCGUUACAGAUCAGAAAAAGUCAACUGACAAAAGAGCUGAGUGCAGACCAAGACUCUCUGCCGGUUACGUCCGACUCUUUGAGAGCUACCACCGCUUCAAUGACGACCUCUACGAGUGGUCUGAAUUCGGUUUCUAACGAAAGUAUUUCCGCGCCAGAAAUCCCUACUGGAAAUGAGAAAACGCGCGAAAACUAUAAAAGAAGCGAUGCAUCGUCUUCGAAUGGAAAGAGCUUUAAAGAGUCGUUUGCAUUCCUAAAGCAGACGAAGCAUUAUGAAGAAGCAGAAGCGCAGAUGAAGGCAAUUGAAUCUGCAAAGCCCACAGUUGCCAACACAAUAAUUCCUGCAAAACCCAAGCCAAACACAAUACUUGUGAACCCAAGACAGAAAGGGAACCCUGUCUUAAAGUUUGUGAGAUGCGUCCCUUGGGAGUACAGUGACAUUGUCCCUGAUUACGUGCUUGGCUCAACAACUUGUGCACUUUUCUUAAGUCUUCGCUACCACCACUUCAACCCAAACUACAUACACGAGAGGCUUGCCCAGUUAGGGUCCUGCUAUGAGUUAAGGAUUCUCCUCGUACUUGUUGAUGUGAAAGACCCCCACCAGACGAUAAGAGAGCUUAACAAGAUGGCAAUUAUGGCUGAUUGCACCCUCAUGAUGGCUUGGAGUUCUGAAGAAGCUGGGAGGUACCUGGAGACCUAUAAAGUUUAUGAGAACAAGCCAGUGGAUGCACUGCAGGGUCAGACGGACGGGGAUUACUUGACAAGGCUUCAAGACUGUUUAACAACAGUGAAAGGGGUGAACAAGACCGACGUGAUAACGGCUAGCUCCACAUUUGGGUCACUUUCUGAUAUUGCUAACACCCCGAAAGACGACUUGGCUUUUCUUCCUGGCUUUGGGCCACUCAAGGCGAAGAGACUGUUCGAAGUAUUCCACGAACCUUUCCUCAAAAAGAACAAGAAGGUUGAACACCAUGAUUCACCUCAGAAAAAGAUCUAAUGUCUUCACAGGGCAUGCGCUAGAACGCUCUCGCAUUUAUUGCAAGUAGUUGACAGUAUUGCUCUUGUCAGCCACGCCUUUGCUAUUGUUUUAAACCAACAGCGAAAGAUAGAUUAUUAGAAUAAAUCUCAAAAUAACCCAAUGAAAAUAAGAUUUCAUGCUUUUUUUACCAAAUCCUAUCGAAAAAAAUCGCUUCAGCUCCCCCAAAUCAGCCGAUGGUAAUGUAUGCUUUCUCACACAUGGUACUCUGCUAGGAUGACAAAAUAGCGGCUGAUAGAGGCUCUCUUAAGGUUACGCCAGAAUUUUACCCUCCAACCGAAGAACAAUGCCAAGUUACGCAACGUACCACGAAUAUCUGAGAUAAUUCCAAACAAGUAUUGUUAAUCAAAACAAUACCCUUUUCCUCAUUUCUCUUCCACCUAGGGAAGAUUUUACACGGAUAGCAUAUAUUUUUGCCUUGUGAAUUACUCAUGUAAACCAAAAAUAACCUCAAUGAAAUAUGUUUUAAAGGA